AUGUGCUUGGUCUUCUUCACGCAAUACCUCGACAAGCAAUCCCUCUCGUACGCUUCCGUCUACGGCCUCCUGACGGAUCUUCACCUCACCAACAGCCAAUAUUCCUGGCUGACGAGCUGCUUCUACCUCUCCCAGCUCGCGUCGGAAGGGCCGUUCAUCUACCUCAUGAGCCGCCUGCCCAUUGCCAAAUUCGUCGGCGGCACCAUCAUCCUCUGGGGCAUCGUGUGCAUGUGUCUCGCCGCUCCGCGGGAUUUCGCCGGAUUCGCCGCCGUUCGCUGUCUGCUGGGCUUCACCGAGGGCGCCGUGAGUCCGGCCUUCAUCACCAUCACGUCCCUCUGGUACAAGAAAGAGGAACACCCGCUGCGGGUGGGCAUGUGGGUGACGUGUAACGGGCUGGCGCAGAUCGCGGGGAGUCUGAUGAUGUACGGCAUCGGGGAGAACCUGGCGCAUCUGUCGAUCGAGCCGUGGAGGUUGAUGUUCCUCAUCUGCGGCGCGGCCACGGUCUUGGCGGGCAUCUUGUUCUACAUCGCCAUGCCUGCCAGGCCGGACGAGGCGUGGUUCCUGACCGCCGAGGAGAGGAUCAUCGCGGCAGGACGUCUGGCUUCGCAGCAUGACGGCGGCGACAAGACUUCGUUUUCCCUCGCGCAGUUCAAGGAAGCCUGUCUGGAUCUGAAGACGUUCCAUGUCUUCAUGUUUGGGCUCUUGGUCACCAUGUGCUCUCCGGUGCUGACGUUCGCCUCGUUGGUGAUUAAGAAUCUCGGCUACACUUCUUCGGAAACACUACUCUACGGAUCACCCUCCGGAGCAGUGCAGAUUGCCUUCAUCUGGGUCGGCGUGGCGGCUUGUUGGUUCUUCCCCAACAGUCGCAGCCUCAUCGUCCUGCUUCUCUGUAUCGGUAUGUGUUCGAAUACUUGCAGGUAUGUUUAUCUCUGCUGAUAGAAGAACAAUCCAGUGCCUCUAGUCGGCUGCAUCCUCCUCACCGUCCUGCCGCUCUCCGCCGGCUGGGGCAUGAUCGUAGCCUCCUGGCUCGCCUCCGUCAUCAGCUCGCAGUUCAGCAUCCUCAUGUCCCUCUCCGCCAGCAACGUGCGCGGCAACACGAAAAAGGCCUUCGUCAACGCCGCUUUCUUCGUCGGCUACGCGACGGGCUGCAUCGCGGCGCCCCAGCUGUGGACCGAACCUCCCCGGUACUCCGCCGGCGUCAUCUGCGCCCUCGUCGAUUGGGCUCUGGUCUACGUCUUCAUCCCGUGGUAUGCGUGGCUCUGCUGGCGGGAGAACACGAAGCGUGACCGCGAAGAACAGAGGCAAGGGACGACGCUCCCUUUCCCUCCCGGUGCCGAUCUUACCGAUAGACAGGAUAAGAGCUUUAGAUAUACUACAUAG